AUAUUCUUAAAAAUAAAAGAAGCGGUGGGUUAAUAAUUCAAGCAAGGGUCGUCUCACUUGGUCUUUGCCCCUUGAAAAGAAAGGAGGAUUCGCUGCAGACGAUUUUUUUGCACUGAAGAGGAAUUAUCUUGAUUUUGUUGUCCAAGAAUGCCCGAGGCCCGUGAUCAACCGGGGAGGGUUCCCCAACCUCCUGACCCCCAACCUCAGCCAUGCGACGGCCAAUCCGCGGCAUUCGCGAACUUCAAAGCGCUCAAGACGGAUAACAUUUCCAGGCUUUUGAACAAACUGAAGGGCCAGGAGGAUGAAAAAGGGUUCAUGAAAGACGACGAGUUGGGCAAUGACUUCUACGAGGAGCUACAGCGGAAGAAACCACGGAGCAAAGCGUUUAUGGAGCCCGAAUGCCUAUGCUGCCGGAACCUGUCCAAGCGGUACACGAUAGCUUUCCUCAGCUCUCUGGGAUUCGUCAUCAGCUUUGGCAUCAGGUGCAACCUCAGCAAUGCCAUCGUCAAGAUGGUGGAACCCAUCGAUGGAAAUCCUCCAGAAUUCAACUGGUCGCCAAACACAAUCGGACUUAUGGAUUCAUCCUUUUUCUGGGGAUACCUUAUUACACAAAUACCCGGUGGAUUCUUAGCGACGAAGUAUCCUCCAAACAGAAUUUUUGGGACAGCAAUCGCAAUAUCUGCAUUUCUGAACUUGUUAAUUCCGAAAUCUGCUCAAAUCCAUACGAGUGCAGUAAUGGUUGUGAGAAUUCUGCAAGGUCUUGUGGAAGGAGUGACCUAUCCUGCUUGCCACGGCAUCUGGAAGUAUUGGGCCCCUCCCAUGGAAAGAAGUCGGCUCGCAACCAUAGCAUUUUGCGGAUCUUACGCCGGAGCAGUCGUGGGAAUGCCACUAUCCGGGAUGCUAACGGAUUACAUUAGUUGGCAAGCCUGUUUCUAUAUAUACGGAGCUUUCGGUAUGAUUUGGUACAUCUUCUGGCUUUGGUUGACUUUCGAAAAGCCUUCUUGCCAUCCAACCAUUAGCCAGGCGGAGCUCAUAUACAUAGAGAACAGCAUCGGACCCGUUUCCAAAACCCUGCCAACGUUAAAGACAACUCCCUGGAAAGCAAUGUUAACAUCCAUGCCCGUGUACGCCAUAAUCGUCGCAAACUUUUGCAGGAGUUGGACAUUUUAUCUGUUACUUUUAUCGCAGCCAAUGUUCUUUAAAGAAGUGCUGAAUCUGGAAGUUGAUCAAUCUGGCAUUGUUGGUGCCUUACCCCAUCUGUUGAUGACUAUUGUGGUUCCCAUUGGUGGCUAUCUUGCUGAUUAUCUCAGAAGGCGAGAAUAUUUAACAACAACAGGUGUCAGAAAGCUAUUUAAUUGUGGAGGUUUCGGAAUGGAGGCUGUGUUUCUGUUAGUCGUUGCAUAUGCCCGAAAUCACAUUGCUGUGCUCUUCGCACUCAUUCUAGCGGUUGGCUUCAGUGGAUUCGCAAUCUCAGGUUUCAAUGUCAAUCACUUAGACAUUGCUCCGCGAUAUGCAAGCAUUCUAAUGGGAAUGUCCAAUGGAUUCGGCACACUGGCUGGCAUGAUUUGUCCUAUUGUAGAGGAAAAUCUAACUAAUGCAGGGACUCCUGAUGAAUGGCAAAGGGUUUUCCUCAUUGCAAGUCUCAUCCACUUCGCAGGAGUCAUCUUUUACGGCCUAUUCGCUUCUGGGGAGAAGCAGCCCUGGGCUGAACCUCCAGACGAAGACAAUCCCGACGAAGGCCCCUCCUGGAAUCCCUUGGAAAGCGUCUUCGCCAACGAGAACGGGGACGUAACAACCUCUUUGAGCGAUGUCAAGCAGCCCUCCUAUGGUGCAACAACGACAGUCGUAGACACACGCGAAGAACUGGCUCAACCUCCUGCGAGAGACACGUACAUGCAAGGUGCCAGGGACCUCUACUAACAAAAAAAAUAAUAGCGUUAAAACUAUUCUUAAAUUUCUUUUUCUGGAAGAAUGGGAAGAAAAAAAAUAACGGAAUUCCUUUUGUUGUUUUUCAGCUGGGGAAAUAACUGAGAGAAUGUCGGUUUAUGUUCUCUUGUUUAACCACAAAAAUAAUAUCUACGUUUGUUUUGGACCGGAGAUGGAUACCUUUGUUUGAGAAACUUAUCUGUCUUCACUUUAGACGUGAUGCGAAGAACGUAUAUGAUUUAUAUAUAUAUACAUACAUACAUGGACUUGAUCGAAUUAAUGGACUUCAUCGUUAUUCUUUUCGUUGAAGUCCAUGAUAGCAGAUGGUCCACAAGAAUUAUGGUUUGCUAGACGUAAGAUGAAUAUUACCUCACAUGAUUGAUGGACAGUUGGCUGGAUGACGUCUCUGGAAGAACUAUUAGCUUGGGAAUCCACAGGCAAAGGUUUUCUGCUGCAAGACGAAGAAAAGAGCUAUAAGAAAAUGUUUGCGAGAAAGGGUAGAAGUAUUAGUAUCUCUGUUUCGCAUAGAUGUGUGAUCAAAAAGAGAUUUUCUGUGAUAUGAAGAACUCGCGUCUCGUGUUCCAUUACGAUGCGUGUGUUCACUGCGGUUGCGUUAGGUAGAAUAUAUCUGUUUUUAAAAAAUUCGAAUUAGAUGAGUAAUGAUUCGAAAAGCAGAAAAUUUCUCUUUGCCAAUUUAAUAAACCAGUGUCACAGUAAUAGGGACGCACAAAUAUGGAUGACCAAGACA